CCUGAAGCAAAGGCGCGCAGGCCCGCGCAGGGCGGGGCCUCUCCCGGCCUGAUGGAGGGCGCUGCUGGUAGUGGGGGUCGAGCACCCGGUUUCUUACUUCGGUUUCAGACUGAGGGCCGAGCCGAGGCACCGCGGGCGCGGGUGCAGGAGCAGGAUUUACAGCAGUGGGGGCUGACAGGGAUUCACCUACGCUCUUAUCAACUGGAGGGAGUCAACUGGCUUGCCCAGCGCUUCCAUUGUCAGAAUGGCUGCAUCCUGGGAGACGAGAUGGGCCUGGGGAAGACCUGCCAGACGAUUGCUCUCUUCAUUUACUUAGCAGGAAGAUUAAAUGAUGAAGGACCAUUUCUGAUUCUUUGUCCCCUGUCUGUUUUGAGCAACUGGAAAGAAGAAAUGGAGAGAUUUGCUCCAGGUCUUUCCUGUGUAACAUACGCAGGUGACAAGGAGGAAAGAGCCCACCUUCAGCAAGACCUGAAACAGGACUCACGUUUUCAUGUGCUACUGACUACCUAUGAGAUUUGCUUGAAAGAUGCCUCAUUUCUAAAAUCAUACUCUUGGAGUGUUCUUGUUGUGGACGAAGCUCACAGGUUGAAAAACCAAAGCUCUCUGCUGCAUAAGACCUUGUCAGAGUUCUCAGUAGUCUUCAGUCUCCUGUUGACUGGAACUCCCAUCCAGAACAGCCUCCAGGAGCUGUACUCCCUCCUCAGUUUUGUGGAACCUGAUCUUUUUUCCAAGGAAGAGGUGGGAGAUUUUGUUCAGCGCUACCAGGAUAUUGAGAAAGAGUCUGAGUCAGCUAGUGAACUGCACAAACUCUUGCAGCCAUUUCUGCUGAGGCGAGUGAAAGGUGAGGUAGCUACAGAGCUUCCCAAGAAGACAGAAGUAGUGAUAUACCACGGCAUGUCAGCAUUGCAGAAGAAAUACUACAAGGCCAUUUUGAUGAAAGACCUAGAUGCAUUUGAAAAUGAGACAGCAAAGAAAGUUAAACUUCAGAACAUCUUGUCCCAGCUUCGAAAGUGUGUGGAUCACCCAUACUUGUUUGAUGGUGUAGAGCCAGAGCCUUUUGAAGUUGGAGACCACCUGAUUGAGGCUAGUGGGAAACUUCAUCUGCUGGAUAAGCUGCUGGCAUUCCUGUAUUCCAGGGGCCAUCGGGUUUUACUUUUCUCCCAGAUGACCCAGAUGUUGGAUAUUCUCCAAGACUAUAUGGAUUACAGAGGCUACAGCUAUGAGCGUGUGGAUGGUUCUGUGAGAGGAGAAGAGAGACACUUGGCCAUUAAGAGCUUUGGACAGCAGCCCAUUUUUGUUUUUCUCCUGAGUACUAGGGCAGGUGGAGUUGGCAUGAACUUAACGGCAGCAGAUACUGUGAUUUUUGUUGACAGUGACUUCAAUCCUCAGAAUGACUUGCAAGCAGCUGCCAGGGCUCAUCGAAUUGGCCAAAACAAGUCUGUUAAAGUUAUUCGGCUGAUUGGCCGAGACACUGUGGAAGAAAUCGUCUAUAGGAAAGCAGCCUCCAAACUGCAGCUCACCAACAUGAUCAUAGAAGGAGGCCAUUUUACUCUGGGAGCCCAGAAACCCUCAGCUGGUGCUGACCUCCAGUUGAGUGAGAUACUCAAAUUCGGUUUGGAUAAACUGCUGGCCUCUGAUGGGAGCACCGUGGAUGAAAUAGACCUGGAGUCCAUCCUGGGAGAAACAAAAGAUGGCCAGUGGACUUCUGAUGCCUUGCCUGCAGCCGAAGGAGGGAGCAGAGAGCAAGAGGAAGGAAAAAAUCAUAUGUACUUAUUUGAAGGGAAAGAUUAUUCUAAAGAGCCCAGCAAGGAAGACAGAAAAUCAUUUGAACAACUGGUAAACCUUCAGAAAACCCUUUUGGAGAAAACUACUCAAGAGGGCCGAUCACUCCGAAAUAAAGGCAAUGUUCUCAUCCCAGGCCUUGUGGAGGGAUCUACCAAAAGGAAGCGGGUUCUGAGCCCAGAAGAGCUGGAGGACAGACAGAAGAAAAGACAAGAAGCAGCUGCCAAGAGAAGGAGACUCGUAGAGGAGAAGAAGAGGCAAAAGGAAGAUGCUCAACAUAAGAAAAAGAUGGCCUGGUGGGAAUCCAACAAUUACCAGUCCUUCUGCCUGCCCUCUGAGGAGAGCGAGCCAGAGGACCUUGAGAAUGGGGAAGAUGAGGGUUCUGCUGACCUGGAUUACCAAGACCCAGACGCUACCUCCCUCAUGUACGUUAGUGGUGAUGUCACCCACCCUCAGGCUGGGGUCGAGGAUGCUGUCAUCGUGCACUGCGUAGAUGACUCUGGCCGCUGGGGCAGAGGUGGUUUAUUUACAGCUCUGGAAAAACGAUCCGCUGAGCCAAGAAAAAUAUAUGAGCUAGCUGGGAAAAUGAAAGACUUGAGUUUGGGAGGUGUCCUUUUAUUUCCCAUUGAUGAUAAAGAGUCAAGAAACAAAGGGCAAGAUUUGUUGGCCUUGAUUGUGGCUCAGCAUCGUGAUCGCUCCAAUGUCCUAUCUGGCAUUAAGAUGGCAGCCCUAGAAGAUGGCCUGAAGAAGAUAUUUUUAGCAGCAAAGAAGAAGAAAGCAAGUGUUCAUCUUCCACGGAUUGGACAUGCCACGAAAGGUUUUAACUGGUAUGGUACUGAGCGACUUAUUCGGAAACAUCUGGCUGCAAGAGGCAUCCCAACUUACAUAUAUUACUUUCCUAGAAGCAAGCCUGCUGUCCUUCAUUCACAGUCGCCAUCUUCCUCCUCAAGUCAGCUGGUGCCUUACCAUCUGGCCCAGCCUCAGAUCCUGUCUUUAGCAACCAACUAAUAGAUAUUUACCCAGAGCUACCGCAAUAGAGUAUUUCAAAUGGCAUCAGGAUCUGUUGGGCCUUGGAAAUUGUCUCUUUUCUGAGUUUAAAUUUGGUUCUCCUGGAUGUGUUGCUCUGACUUGGUACCUGUAAUACAGGGAAACACAACUCUUUUGGGAAAGCCCUUUGACCCCAGCUUGCUAUUUGCAUAAUAAUAAAUUUUCUAUUCCUAAUA